AUGGAAGAGGAACAACUUCUCGAUUACGAAGAGGAACAGGAGGAGACCCAAGUUCCCCAGAGUACCGACGCCGGAGCUGGUGAUGGUGUUAAGAAGCCAAAGGGUACCUACGCUUCCAUUCACAGCAGUGGUUUCAGAGAUUUCUUAUUGAAACCCGAGCUUUUGAGAGCCAUCGGAGACUGUGGUUUCGAACAUCCAUCUGAAGUUCAACAUGAAUGUAUUCCACAAGCCAUUCUUGGUAUGGACAUUGUGUGUCAAGCCAAGUCUGGUAUGGGAAAAACUGCUGUCUUCGUCCUUGCUACGCUUCAACAAUUGGAACCUACUGAUGGAGAGGUGUCUGUUCUCGUUAUGUGUCACACUCGUGAAUUGGCCUUCCAAAUCUCGAAGGAAUAUGAACGCUUCAGCAAGUACUUACCAACAACCAAGGUCGCUGUAUUCUUUGGCGGUAUGCCAAUUAAGAAAGAUGAAGAGUUACUUCGCACAAACUGUCCUCAUAUUGUUGUUGGAACCCCUGGUCGUACACUUGCUUUGGCAAAGUCCGGAAAACUGAAGUUGGAUAAGAUUAAGUACUUCGUUCUCGAUGAAUGUGAUCGUAUGAUCGGAGAUCAAGAUAUGCGUCGUGAUGUUCAAGAAAUCGUGAAAAUGACUCCCCAAGAAAAACAAGUGAUGAUGUUCUCCGCUACUUUGCCAAAGGAAUUGAGAGUUGUCUGCAAGAAGUUCAUGCAAGAUCCUAUGGAAGUGUUCGUCGAUGAUGAAGCCAAACUUACUCUUCACGGUCUGCAACAGCAUUACGUCAAACUGAAGGAAUCUGAUAAGAACAAGAAACUUUUGGAAUUAUUGGAUCUCCUUGAAUUCAACCAGGUUGUUAUUUUCGUCAAGUCUGUAGCUCGUUGUAGUGCUUUGCACCAACUUCUUUCCGAGCAGAAUUUCCCAUCUAUUGCUAUCCAUCGUUCAAUGCCUCAAGAGGAGCGUUUAUCGCGCUAUCAAGCCUUCAAGGAUUUCCAAAAGCGUAUUCUUGUAGCUACUGAUUUGUUCGGAAGAGGAAUGGAUAUUGAGAGAGUCAAUAUCGUUUUCAACUACGACAUGCCUGAAGAUUCUGAUUCUUACCUACACAGAGUUGCUCGUGCUGGACGUUUCGGAACCAAGGGUUUGGCUAUCACAUUUGUUUCUGAUGAGAAGGAUGCUACUACUCUUAACUCUGUUCAAGAUCGUUUCGAUAUCUCUAUUUCUGAGCUUCCUGAAACCAUCGAUGUUUCUACCUACAUCGAAGGAAGAAACAACUAA